AUGCCAAUGUCGGCCCUGACCGCUAUAUCAAUCAAUUAUACCGGCCAGUUCUGCUGGUACAUACCCGCUGAAAUUCGCGAUAGAAUAAUUGAUACCCUCCACGCCGACCGCCCCGCCCUGCGCGCUUGCAGCCUCACCUGCCAUGGAUGGCUCCCGCGGGCCAGAUACCACCUUUUUCGCAGUGUCACCUUUGACCCGGUGCACAAUAGCAGCGUCUUCAAAGCUCUCAUAGAAUCUUCCCCAAUUGUUGCAAACUAUGUUCGAGAUGUCGAGAUAUGCGGCAACGGCGGGAUGACCACAUGGUGGGCGGGUUCGACCCCUUCCGCACGAAUGGUGCGGUGGCCCACACUGAAUCACACACCUCAUCCACACCGCAAAUCCGAUGCACCUGACGUCGUCGAGUGGUUGGAUCGAACGUUACCUUUGGCGGGCACUCGUUUAAAUAGGGUCAUCUCUCUUCGACUUUCCGCCCUCGCAGUCUCCAGCAUUAUUACACAAGCACUUGUCUUACGCUUCAAGCGCGUCAGGGUGUUGUCCGUUGACGGCUGCAAAGCGCUGGCUUUUGCAGACUUUAUAGAGCUCUUGCAAGCCUUUCCACAACUAGAAGAGCUCCAUCUGCUUGCUGCACAAUGGCUACCGCGCAUCACUACAGUUCCUCACGCGGAGAAGGACAUAUUUCCCCGCCUGAAGAAACUUGAGGUGUCCAGGAAAAUGGAUAUCGCGCCAUUGAUUACUUGGAUGCUGGGAGAGUCCGUCCACGCCGAGAUUACAUUUCUCUCUUGCGUGAUAUCAGGUGGAAAGAGCGCGUCCGCCAUUCGCGAUCUCCUAUGUGCUCUUGGAUCCACAUUGGAGCACCUAGAAAUUGGUUUUCAAGAGACGCGCGAUCCUACAGAAAUCAUUCAGGCGACGCAGUUCGACCUCACAUCAUGCACUGGGUUGCGUACGCUCCGCAUGUGCUGCUCUGACCUACAGCCCUGCUGUUCCAUGUAUCAUCCGUCGCUUUCCUGGGUCGUGAUCCUCCUCUCGAAGAUGGAGUCACCCCAGCUGCAGAAGAUCGUACUUUUCAUACUCUCCAAAGACCUCUGUGCACUCAACCUUGAGGGCCUCGAUGUCGUACUCUCGCACGCCCGCUUCGGAAGCGUGAAGUCUCUCACGUUCGACAUAGAAGUAGGUGUUGAACCCCACGGUUUCGACAUCGAAGUGCGCCUGAGGAAUCGGAUGUCCGCCCUGCACACUAAAGGCGUGUUAGACUUCUACUUUCACCCACAUUGA